UUUUUCUCUCGUUUAACUCUUCUGGAAACAUCAGCGUCACAAAGGUUUUAUUUUUUGAUUGAGAUCCAUUGUCUAACAGAAAGUUUAUCGUUUUGUAACGUGUAGGAUGUAGAAGCAAUAUUGUAAUUUUUCAAAAGUUUAUUUGGAAUUUGGGAAAACAUAGCUUACAGGCUCAAUCCAUUAUUAUCGAAAAAGCAUUUUAUACGUCGAUAUGGCUCUUCCACUAAAUGUCCUAGCAGGGAACAAAUUAAAUUUAGACAACAAUUGGGAUCCUACAAAGCCAGAUAAAGAUGACAGUGUACCGUCAAAAACAGUCCGCAGAAUAAUGAACGAUAUAUUAGAAUGUAUAACUGCAGAUUCUCAACGUAUAAUCGUCGUUCCAGAUCCAGUAAAGGUUCUUCAGGCUCAUGCCGUUAUCGUUGGUCCCGAAAACACACCAUACGAGGGUGGAUUCUUCUAUUUUUUCGUCAAAUUUCCUGUCAAUUACCCAAUAUCACCACCAAGACUGAAACUUAUGAAUACCGACCAGAACACCAUCAGAUUCAAUCCGAAUUUUUACAGAAACGGUAUGGUUUGUCUGAGCAUAUUGGGGACGUACACUGGAUCAGGAUGGAAUCCGUUAAAUUCAUUGUUCAGCGUUUUAAUUUCCAUUCUGACACUCUUGAACGACAAUCCGUAUUAUAAUGCACUGGCCUUAACAGGAUUCAAAGAAUAUGAAGAGAACACCCCCGAGAAAUAUGUUAAUUAUAUACGGCAUGAAACAAUCCGUGUUGCUGUCAUUAAUUUUCUGAAAGAAGACAACCUGGACACCAUGCAGAUGCCUUCGUCGAUGCGCUACAAUGUCAAAAAAAUAUUUAAACAGAAAAUUAAGUUUUAUCACAACACAAUCACAGACAACAUGUGUCUCGACGACGAGAAAAUGUUCGAUCCAUUUAAUCACUGUAUUAAUGGACAACUAUUCGAAUUUCGGUCAUUGAAGGUGCAGUUGGGCGAAUUGACGAAAAAGCUUUUUGGUGAUAUUGAUGAUAUACAAGAACAAUCGGAAUGUUCAGAACUUUCCGAUCCAUCAGAUUCAAAUGAUUCAAAUUGAACUUUUAAUUAUUUUAAUUCUACAUUCUAAGUGUGAAGUCAAUUAAGUGUCUUUUGUCUAAAUGUAAUGUAAAACUUUGAACGAAACUAUGCUCGUUAAAAUUAUAAUGUUUUCAGUCCUUGAAUUAGUCGAAUAAAAUCGAAUAUCGAAAUGUA